AGCCAUUUUAGCUCAAGCCAUCUUGGCGCAAGCCGUGACAGCACGAGCGUAAUUCCCGUCAUUGCUGCCAAUGCUCAAGCCAAUGGCAAGUAAUGAAUCGGAUGAUCCAGAAAAGCCUUUUUUCAAAGAUUCCCCCCAUGCGUUGGAGGAGCAUAAUAGUGCCAGCUCGCAGAGGCGGGCCGACAUCGAUGGGCUGCGUGCUGUGGCGGUGCUUUCUGUCAUCGCUUUCCAUUUCAAUCCGACGUGGCUUCCAGGUGGAUUCACCGGGGUCGACAUAUUCUUCACCAUCUCGGGCUAUGUCAACACAGCUUCGCUUAUUCAUGGCGACCUGCCGUUGUGCGAUAAAACGUUUGCGUUUUUUGGCAGGCGAAUGUGGCGCUUGGCUCCUCCUCUUAUGGCGACUGUGCUCACAACCGUGGUCUUCACCAACAUUUUCACGCCAACGUAUGUUUUAGACUUGAACGGCUACUAUACGGCAGGCUUGCUCGGGCUUUUCGGUUUGUCCAACAAUUAUUUUGCGAGCCUUCAGCUAGAUUAUUUCGAGCGGGGACAUAAGAAUCUGGCCCUAAAUCCCUUCACUCACUUGUGGUCCCUUGGCGUGGAAGAGCAAUUCUAUAUACUCUUUCCCUUCGUGCUUGGCUGCGCACAGAAGUUGAGCGCAAACAGGUCGCCACUGAUCGUGCUUAUAGUUUUUUCUGUAAUUUCUGCAACGGUUUCUUGCAUACUGUCCAACGUUAACACUCAAGUGGCUUUCUAUACGUUGCCAUCAAGGUUUUGGGAGUUGUCUCUCGGCUCCUGCGCAUUUUACAUACCAGCAUCAAUGGAUGCACUUUAUGGUUGCACCAUUGCCACUGGAUCGAUUAAUUAUUUGCUGCAGGUUGCAGCUGUGUUGUUGCUUAUUGUGUCCCUGGUGUUCACGCCAAGUGAUUCGGGCUUUCCUUUCCCGUAUGCAUCCCUGGCUGUCGGGGGGACGUUUUGCUUCAUAUUGGCUGGCAGCUCGCCGAGUUCAGUCCCCAACGCAUGUUGCAGCCAUCGGCUCAUGGUGUACAUAGGAAGCCUUUCAUAUUCGCUUUACCUGUGGCAUUGGCCAGUGCUGGUCUGGUUCCGCCUGACAGAGUGUCUCGCGUAUUCUGGCGCACAUUUGAUUGCCAUGGUGCAUGUGCUAUCACUUUCAAUCGCAACUUACCAUGGCAUUGAAGUUCCCAUGAACAGGAACCGCCCGACGAAACCGUGCAAUAUGUUCGGCUACGUAGCGCCUGUUCUCGCCAUUGUGGCCGCGACUUCCUGGGCGCUGGGCUUCCACUUCGACGGCGCCCUGUAUGUGCAUGCAACAUGUACGCGUGCGCAUCUCACCGUGGACACCUUCCAGAAUAGCAGCGCCAACACCUCCAACAAGGUCCUUGAGGUGUGCCCUGGCGCAGGUGACUGGCACGAAAGCUCGUUUACGUGGCGCCCCGAACACCCAUCUUCUUGUCGCACGGGUUUCGCGUGGCCCAAGGAAGACGGAGAGCAGCGGAACCGAAGCGUGAUUUUUAUCGGGGAUUCUACCAUGAGUCGCACUUUUCGCCAGGGUUCAAAAGCAUGCAGCACGCAGUGGCACGUCAUUCGAAAAGGGUAUUGGUGUGGCUUGCCGGAGUACUUAGGAAUGGAGCGAGCUCCGAUGUGGGUUUCUCCAGCGCCGAAUUCAUUGAUGGGACCAACCGCCCGUGGUCUCGAUAAUCCCUUCUGCAUGGAUUGCGUAGGUUGCGCAUCUACACGCGGCCAGUGCACGAUUGCCGAUGUUCCUUUUGAUUUGGAAUACAUUGGAGUGGAAUUUACUAAAGAUGUAGAGAUGCCGACAACCAGAUCUAAUACCACUAUUGGUAGCGUUAUCGCUUACAUCCACAGUCAGCGCAAAUACGUCGAUGCUAUCUUCAUCAACAGCUGCAUUCAUGAUAUGUAUUUCAAACCUGAUGUGUUCACAACUGAACUUUAUGUACAGCGUGUGCGUUCCAACUUGCUGUCCCUACAAGGCUCAGCGAAGGUGAUCGUAUGGGUGUCCUGUAACCACUUCAGGGAGGAUGCUGGCCAUUCGACCAAUGCGCGAGGUCUACGAUGGAACGAGGCUGUUCGGAGCAUGAUCAACGCGGAGCUUCCUAACGUUGCUUACUUUGAUGUCGCAAAGAUGAGCCAAGUCCAAGCAAUGCACCAUGAUCGUUGUCAUAUGGUGCCAGAAUGGUACGAUAAUGUGGUUGACAUAAUGCUCAAUUUCGUAGUCAGAGGACCUGGCCACACAACUAGUUAAGUGCAGCGACGCGUUGAAUGGCUCACCCGGGCCUGCCAGAGAAGCGCGCCGCCACAUAGUCGAAAGUUUUGAUAUCCAAAUGCAUUGAUAAUCCUAAUACACAGAUGCCUGAUGGCCCUCGAACGCAGCUGCUGGAGGGGUGGAGCGAGAGGUACACAAAGAUUUGGCACCUCGUUUACCCCCUCCUCCCAUCCUGCUUUUUGCGCGUUUGGGAGCUUUCCUCGGCGAGGUGAGUCUGCCGGCCCCCGCGCCCCGAUCCACCACCAAGUCCAAACCAGCGGAGACGAGCUCCUGGUCCCUAUCCUUCCUUCCCCCCCUCCUACUCCUUCCCCCUCCCCCCUCCCCCAUGGAGACUUUCGCUUGCAGGUUGCCGAACAGCGGAUCACCAAGUACCUGCAUGUGCGAGUUCGCAGUGCUUCCGUGCCAGUGCGCCGUCCUUCCUUGUCCUUGCCUUAGAUGUUGUGUGGCACUUCGUCGGAGGGUAGGCCCGACGUUGCCCCAUCAGCCAGACCACUGCUGCUGCUGCACCUUGCCUUGCCUUUGCGCAAACAAAAAUAUCCCAGUGCGACCCUACCUAGGAAUUGGAG